UACUCAUGAAUUGUAAAUCGGGCUCGUUUGCAUAAAUAACACGUGAAGUUGAACGGUAAAAACAUUCCAUGACUCUGUGUUUUCUUUAUACAGAAAUCUGUUAAUGGAGCAUUUGAUUGGAAGUAUUGAAACUGUUGUUUUAAGAAGGUUAUUUCGACAUGUCUUCAAGUGACAGUAAGUGUGAAGUGUGUGGUAAAGUUCAGUCAAAGUACAAAUGCCCACGAUGUCAUAAAAGAACUUGUAGUCUGACGUGUGUUAAACAACAUAAAGAAGAAACUAGUUGUAAUGGUGUUCGGGACAAGACAGCCUUUGUGAAGAUGAAAGAGAUGGGAGAUAUGCACCUCCUUAGUGAUUACCGUAUGUUGGAAGAUGUUGAUCGAACCAUAGACAGUCAUAGCAGGGACCCACUAAAGAGGUCGGGAGUUAAUGGAGUUGUCAUCAAUAUGAGGAAGCUGGCAGAGAAGAAAGGCAUAAAAGUUAAAUUCCUUCCAUAUCCAAUGUCAAAAAGGAAAAACAAUUCCACAAGACUUUCUAGUUACAGAAAAGGAGAUUUCUUGUGGCAUUUAGAACUUAAUUUUCCCCAGUCUGGAGUGAAAUACACAGAGAAAAGGGUACAUGAAAAUACUUGCCUGUGUGAUGUGCUCAAGACAUUCAUUCAUCCUACCGAGUCAGAUCCUGUUAAAAGACAAAUGUUAAAGGCUUACUGUAGUACACCAAUGGAAAACUGUCAAAUUCUUAUGCAGGAGGAGGGACUCCCAGCCAACAUUAGGAGAUUUCACCCGCUAGACCUGAGUAAAACUUUGUGUGAGAAUUUGCAGGGUAAGGAGUUUAUAGAAUACCCUACCCUCCAUGUUGUUUUACCAGACAGUGCUGAUAAAUACCCACUGACAACUGCAGGAUAGGUGUGGAACAACAGGAGUAAGUUACAUGAUUGAAAAGCACAGAACUGGAAAAUGUGUCCAUAAAGUAAACAUGGAACACAAACCAAAUAAAUCAAAGUACUGUCAGUACUGACUGACAUUAUUGUCAUGCCAUUCAAUUGACUGUGAAAAAUGAAAAUAAACCUGAUGAAUAUAUUAAAGCAUUGACUACGCUGGAUAAAACUUUUUCAUACUUCGUAGUUUGUAAUUCAUUUUGUAUUGUUUUCUUUGUAAUUAAUGUUAUCCAAUCUCAUUAAAUCAUGUUGACUUUUAUUUUAAAAAAA